GCUUCAGCCCCAGCCUUUAAAUCCAUAUACGCCUCUGUGUUUUUUUGUGGACGUGGAGUGUACUCCCAAAAUCUCCUUUGCAAAUGGGCUCCGUCGCCUAGCGUUUACUCCCCUGAGCCAGGUCACCUGUGGUCUGAAGCCGCUGGGAUUUUGCUGAGCGAAGCGUUAAGUCUUAAAGGUAAAAAAAACCCCUUUCCCCUCUCUCCUCCUUUUCUUUUUCUGGCCGCCAUGUAUCACGGCUCUUCUCGCUCAAAGAUCUGUGAGCUUCCGCCGUUAAAUUUUUUUUAAAAAGCAUAUUCAUCUUGAACGUUGCGCGUAAUUGCGUGGAUUUAAAUCGCUUGCAUGGUGUUAUUAUUUAUUUAUUCCCCCCCCCCCCAAUAAUUCAAUCUGCUGAAUCCUGGGGGAAAAACACUACAGAGGAAAGCGUCGCUGGCUUACCUUUGGGGUUUUUGUAAUUUAUUUUUAUUUGAAAGGUAGUAACACGCCUGCUUAAGGGCCGUCUGAUUUUUAAACCUCUGAAAAGUGAAAGGUGGGCUGGCGGGGGGGGGGGUCUUAGGUUUGUAAUUUCGCCAAGCACACUUUGCUGGAGAGGCUCGGCUCGAAGUACACAGCGACUCAGAAAACCGCACUGAGGCGAAUGCGACUUGCUCGCAUGCAAGCGGCGCUUAAUUAGGUUUACAACAGAAGAAGCCCUUAUUGGAGGCGGCGGCGGCGGGACGUAGUUCCGAGCAGGCUGUUAAAAGCGCUGGAGAAGUUGUGAAAUUGGAAAACGCCGAUCUGUGUUGGCUAAAGCCAGCGCCUCGGGUUAUGGCGGCUUGUUCGACUGCUGCGGGGAGGGGGGGCGCAGGGUGGGGGGGAGCGACCUUUGCUCUAUAGCCCCUGCCAACUUUUAAAAUGUGUUGAUGGUACUGAAAAGUGGGAGGAAUGCGCGGGUUUCGAUCGUUCAAGCAGUUAAGGGAAUCGCUUCGAGAAGGGGGAGAUUUGUUUUGGUAAACCGUAAGGGCGUGAUUGUUUACUUCCUGACGGUGCAUCCGCUGCGAACAAAGUGAACGUUCUACUCGCUUGAUGAGCGUUCCAUUCCCGGGUCCCAACGUUCCAUUCCCGGGUCUCAACGUUCCAUUCGGGUCUCCGCCCUUUCUCGCGGCUUGCAGACCACCGCCUUAUCCAGAGGGGAGGGUGGGGGGCAAGGUUGACUGGAAACCUUUUAAUUUUAUUACCUGCAACCCAGUUGCCACCACUCGGGCGGUAGUUUUCUUUGCGUUUUCUCUCCCGCUGGUGGGACUUAAAUAUUUAUCCGUUCGCUCCUUUCCAAUCCGCCGCCUUUCGCUGGCUGACAGAUGUGCUGCAGUCCUGCUCCUGCAUGUGUUGGCUUUGUGGCCAUAUUGGCUGAGAGCAAACGCUCGGGGCACCCACGCCAAAAUUCGGCUCAUUGUUCGAGCUUUUGCAUAUAUAUAUUUUUCUACAUCUGUUCCCCCCCCCCCACUCUCGCUUCCUCCUCCGUCCCCCGAAAUGCUGUUUCGGCACGCAAAAGCGGCACGCGCCCUGCUUGUUUGUGUCUUUCGACUGCAAAGGCUGGGGGUUGAGGAAGGAGGUUUCUAUAUGUGUAGGUUGCAGCAAGCCAGUUCAGUCCGGAUUUUGGCUGUUUGGCUGUGGAAGACUUCCCCCACCCGCUAAACGCGCGCACACGCACACAAGAGAUAUGAGAACAUUCUGUAGAAAGGCACAAAGGAAGGGAGGAUCUGGCCACCCACACUCCUGAGUCAAUUGAACGUGGUGUUGAGGUCCCUCUACCCAGCAAAAAUCUCAAUUAUUUUACUUGAGGUAGAGGGAAGAGUUUAGCGUGUGCUUCUGGCUCGGAGUGCAUUUUUGUAGCCCAGAAUCUCUUUCCACUUGAAAGGAACUGGGAAUGCGCCAGUCUGUUCUGACAAAAGAGAGAGGAGUGUGUGUGUGUGUGUGUGUUUAAACUGGUAUAAACCAGAUCUCUGAUUUCCUGUUGGUGGUUUUGACUCAUUUAAUGCCAUGUGUCCUCUGCUUUUUACCAAAACAAUAGACUAAUAAUGUUCCAUGUUAGUCUCUUGGCAGGUUGAUAGUUUACAGUGUGGUAACAUGCAACCCCUCCUAAAGUUUAAGGGGGGGGUUCAAAGUAAAGGAGAUUUCUACUCUUGCAGAGAAUGGCUUUUGUUGGUACAUGUAAGGGCUUAAGAGAAGUUUUGCUUAUUCAAAUCAACGUCUGGGACCACAUCUAGGGGAACUCUGUGGGGCUUCUUAAUGGCCAAGGUCAAAGGGACAGACUUGACUCCUUGCCCAAACAGUGCACCCCACUUUUAACUUUUUUGGUUUGUUUGUGUGUUCUACUUUUUUUUUUACUCUGCUUUCAAGUUGACUGUUUACAAAAAUGUAAAACAAUAGAAACCUCAUAUCUAUAUAAUUAAUAAAAUCCGCAAUGCAACAAAACAUUGUUCUCUACAAGUGAGGGAAUAAUGCUGUUUUAGUCCUAGGGAAAAAGUAAAGCCCUGCAUUUUAGGGAGGGGGGCUAAGGGGGUGCCAAAACAACCCAAAAUGAAGUUUUUAAACUUAUCUCUCUGUCCACAGGGAACAUCUUAGUCUGAUUUGUGUGAGUCCUCCAUGUAGAAAAAACUUUGGCUGGGUCUGUUGGGAGUUGUAGUCCAGGCAUAGGCAAACUCGACCCUCCAGAUGUUUUAGGACUACAACUCCCAUCACCCCUAGCUAACAGGACCAGUAGUCAGGGAUGAUGGGAGUUGUAGUACCAAAACAUCUGGAAGGCCGAGUUUGCCUAAUCCUGUUGUAGUCCAACAAGGUUGGGAAAGGGGUUCUAAUGAGUGAAAUUAUAUAGAAAUAUUACAUUCUAGCGCUAGCACAUUUUGUUUGGUCAUAUUUACAUUAUAGGCUUCCAGAAGAAUAACAUCACAUCAACACCGUAAAGCACAUGGCUUCUCCCCAGAGAUUGUUGGGAACUGUAGUUCUCCCCCCAGAGCUACAAUUUCCCGCACCCUUAACAAACUACAACUCCCAGGAUUCUUUGGGGGAAGCCAUGUGUUUUAAAUGUGUGGUGUGGCUGAGCCCCCACUUUCUCCACUAAAUGCAAACUGGUUAAUCAAGAGGCAGCAAUGGGGUAUUACUACAAAAAUCCUACCAUCACCACAUCCUUGAGUUAGGUUCAGGGCUUGAGCUUGAAUCCAAGCUUGAAAUGUUCAAAUGUUUUUUAUACGAUGCAAGCCAGCCAAGAUUACCCAAUGGAGUGCUGUUUUCUCUUUUAUACACAGCAGGCUAAUUUUUCUCCUGAGUUGCCCAGUGUGUUUUGACUGUUCCUGUUAGAUACUCCAGACCUGAUGAAAAGGUUGCUAGGAACUGGGAGCUCCUGCCUUUUGGGAAAAAAAAAAAGUUAGCCAAAUACUAAAUACAGACAAAAGUGUCAGUUUAAUUCUAAACCCAAAAUAUUGAUUGGCAAAUUUAAAAUGUCAUGUAAAAUUAAUCCCUGCUGCUUCUUGGUCUUCUUCCCUCUUACCCCAUGUUAUUUGCACUUUGCGGCUGAUCGUUCCUUCUGCUUGCUUCUGGGCGCAGGCAGGAAACGUGGAUAAAUUAUUAUUAUUUAUUGAAUUUAUAUACCGCCCUGUACCCUAGGGUCUCAGGGUGGUUCACAGAAUAAAAUCAAGAUAGAAAACCACAAGAUAGUAAGGUAAAGGUAAAGGGACCCCUGACCAUUAGGUCCAGUCGUGGCCGACUCUGGGGUUGCGGCGCUCAUCUCACUUUAUUGGCCGAGGGAGCCAGCAUACAGCUUCUGGGUCAUGUGGCCAGCAUGACUAAGCCGCUUCUGGAGAACCAGAGCAGCGCACGGAAAUGCCGUUUACCUUCCCGCCAGAGUGGUACCUAUUUAUCUACUUGCACUUUGACGUGCUUUCAAACUGCUAGGUUGGCAGGAGCAGGGAGAGCUCACCCCGUCGCGGGGAUUCGAACUGCCGACCUUCUGAUCAGCAAGUCCUGUGGUUUAACCCACAGCGCCACCCGCGUCCUGCAAAACCACGAGAUACCUAAUAACAAUAAAACUGCAGACCAAUAGCAGAGGUUUUGGUAAAAGGUACAAAUGCAGAACCAAGCCAAACUGACAACUGUUUCUUCCCUCACGGAAGUUGGAUUACAGGCAGCUUACUUCUUCCCCCAGCAGUUGGCUGUUGUGAGCCUGUCUGCUUUGAGAGGCUUGGCUGUGCCAAGGGUUCUGGAGUUUCACUUCGGUCUCUGCCCACGCGCCAUCUCCAACAACGUUUGCAGUUUUGUUGUGGAAUGUGCUGCCGCAGCAUGAAACAUCUGGCAAGCACUCCUGAAAAGGCUGCUCAAAGAGGUUCUUGUGUAACAAACCAGCUUCGAGAAAACCAUGCCAUGCAGAACUGGAGGCAGGGACCCUUCUCAUGCGCUAUAGACCAGUACAGACCCGGUUUGCCCCAUGCCCUGCAAACUUGGUGGGCAAACAGAUCAGAUCACUCACUGAGCAGCCUGGAACGAAUAUUGCCAUGCCCUCCUCCACGCUGCGUUUCUGAUUCAGGUGCAAACUUAACUCGCAAUCCUCCAGCCAGUUAGCAGUGCUGGGAUGUGGUGAAAUGUUCAGUGCCCUCCAGGGAUGUGGGACGUCUGAUGCUCCCAAUUUUGUUGAGCGCCUGCUCUCCCGUCAGUCCCAGCCAGCGUGGUCAGGGCAGAUGGGAGUUGUAGUUUAGCUGCAAGCAGAGGACCACAGGUUCUCGGUGCCCACGUGGCUCACAUGGUUUGAGCAAACAGCUUCUUGCAUCUUGAGGAGAGCUCACACAGGUGGUCUUUGCAUGGUGGGUGGGUGGCGCUGUGGGUUAAACCACAGAGCCUAGGACUUGCCGAUCAGAAGGUCGGCGGUUCGAAUCCCUGCGACGGGGUGAGCUCCCGUUGCUCGGUCCCAGCUCCUGCCCACCUAGCAGUUCGAAAGCACGUCAAAGUGCAAGUAGAUAAAUAGGUAGGAAGCUCUGGCAGGAAGGUAAACGGCGUUUUCGUGCGCUGCUCUGGUUCUCCAGAAGCGGCUUAGUCAUGCUGGCCACAUGACCCGGAAGCUGUAUGCUGGCUCCCUCGGCCAAUAAAGUGAGAUGAGCGCCGCAACCCCAGAGUCGGUCACGACUGGACCUAAUGGUCAGGGGUCCUUUUACCUAUAGCCACUGAUGCCUUUUGAAAAGCAUGGGAGUGAAUCUUGCCCUUUAAAGCGGCCUGUGCUGGCCUGGGACUGAGGGGAAUUGUAACUUCAAAAAUGCAGAGGGCACCAGGUUGGUUGGCAUCUGUCUGUCUCGGGAGGCAACAGAGGAGUGCCCCUUUGGGGGUGAGCGCAAGCUGUUGGACGGUUUCAGCGCCUGCUGUGGCUGUAGAGACUGAUAGGGGAGAGACAUGUUUUGUUGCAGCUGGGGCAGAGGAAGGCGUCCGGUUGUGUUGCUGCAGAUGCCCCAUAGCCUUUCUCCUGUGUUCGUCUUUCUGCACCAGGUUACAGUCUCUCUUUAUUACAGCUACUCUUGUUUUGUCUCCCAGGGUUUACAACUUGCACAAGAACGAAGACAAAGAAACAUGGCAGCAAUCCCGUCAAGCGGCUCCCUUGUGGCAACCCACGACUACUACCGAAGUAAGAAAGGGGAAGGGGGCGAGUUGUGCAGAGAAAGGUCCAGAGUGAGCCCUUGGCGUCUCCAGGACCUUUGGUUGUGGGGCUGGGAAAUAUUUGUGCUUCAUGCCUCAUAAGAAUCAGUGCUGCAGGUCUAGAUCAGGGUUUCCCAGACUCGAGUCUCCAGCUGUUUUUUUGACUACAACUCCCAUCAUCCCUAGCUAGCAGGACCCAGUGGUCAGGGAUGAUGAGAAUUGUAGUCCCAAAGCAGCUGGAGUACUCUAAUGCGGGGGUCAGCAAUCUUUUUCAGCAGGGGGCCAGUCCACUGUCCCUCUGACCUUGUGGGGGGCUGGACUAUAUUUUUUUUUUGGGGGGUGUGAAUGCAUUCCUAUGCCCCACAAAUAACCCAGAGAUGCAUUUUCAAUAAAAGGGCACAUUCUACUCAUGUAAAAACACGCUGAUUCCCAGACCGUCCGGAGGCCGAUUUAGAAGGCGAUUGGGUCGGAUCCGGCCCGCAGGCCUUAGUUUGCCUACCCAUGCUAUAAUGGUUAGGGUAUUGGACUAUGACCGGGGAGACCAGAGUUCGAAUCCCCACUCAGCCAUGAAGCUCCCUGGCAGACCUUGGACUAGUCACUGCUGCUUAGCCUAACAUACCUCGCGGGGUCGUUGUGAGGUUGGGGGGGAGGAGAACCAUGUACGCCAGCCGCCUUGAGCUCCUUAGAUGAUAAAGGUGAUAUAUCAAUGUAAUUGAUGAUGAUGAUGAUGAUUAAUAAUAAAUAAUUAAAUAAUUAAUUAUUAAUAAUAAUAAUAAAGGUGGAGAAUGAAGUAAAAUUAAAGAUGAAUAAAAAGAGGGGGGAAUAAUAUGUACAAAUAACACUACAAUGGUACCUCAGGUUACAGACGCUUCAGGUUAGACUCCGCUAACCCAGAAAAUAGUACCUUGGGUUAAGAACUUUGCUUCAGCUUGAGAACAGAAAUCGCGCAGCGGUGGUGCAAGGCCCCAUUAGCUAAAGUGGUACCUCAGGUUAAGAACAGUUUCAGGUUAAGAACGGACCUCCGGAAUGAAUUAAGUUCUUAACCCGAGGUACCACUGUAAUGAUAACAGUAAAUCACCAUCGGAUCAUGUAAAGGACCUUUUUAUCAUGUUAGAAUAAUAAUAAUAAAAAACCCCUGUUGGUGGGCUAUUUUAUUGCAAAACCAUGAUGCUGUGGGCACUCUGGCUCUUUCUUAAUAGCCCCCCAGCGCCCAGAAAUGGAUAGAGGCUGGCUAGAAAAUACUAUCCUUGCAUUCACCACAAUCAUGCACAGAUAGCUUGUGGGAGGGGGCAGGCGUUCCUGUGACUUGCACUGGAGUGAGUCUGGAGCAGGGAACAAAUCAGUGAUGGCCAAACUUGGCCCUCCAGCUGUUUUGGGACUACGAUUCCCAUCAUCCCUGACCACUGGUCCUGUUAGCUAGGGAUGAUGGGAGUUGUAGUCCCCAAACAGCUGGAGGGCCAAGUUUGGCCAUCACUGGAAUAAAUGAAAGGAAAAGAAGACAUCUGCUCGCCGGCUUCUCCAGACCUCUCUGGGUAUCUUGAAUUACAGUGGUGCCCUGCAAGACGAAUGCCUCGCAAGACGGAAAACCCGCUAGACGAAAGGGUUUUCCGUUUUGGAGGUGCUUCGCAAAACGAAUUUCCUAUGGGCUUGCUUCGCAAGACGAAAAUGUCUUGCGAGUUCCUGCGGGAUUUUUUUCCUUUCCCCCCCCUUUUUCCCAAGCCGCUUAUCAGCUGAUCCGCUAAGCCGCUUAACAGCUGAUCCGUUAAGCCACUAAACCGCUUAUCAGCUGAUCCGCUAAGCUGCUAAUCCGCUAAUGGGCUUGCUUCGCAAGACGAAAAAACCGCAAGACAAAGAGACUCGCGGAAUGGAUUCUUUUCGUCUUGCGAGGCACCACUGUACGCUGCUCAGCACCCACCUCGCCCGGGGCCUCGAGCUUGCGGGGGCCGCUUCUCAAUAAUCCCAACAUCCUCCUGGUGUUUUAUUCCCUUUAAGGGAACCUUCCUAAACGUUAGCGCAGAGGGAAAAGGUGCUGCGUUGGAGCCGAGCCCCCAUAAAAGGUCAGCUCCAACGGUUCUGCUAAACAAAGCCUGAGUUUGUUGGACGGGAGGCUGAAUGUCGUCCUUUGUCUCUCUCUGGGCUCCGAGCCCAGUGUGCUCUUCUAAAAGUGUAGCGGGGCUGGUGUUGCAGGAGAAACCAGUAAGGGAAAAUGGCCUCCGUGGCUAGGUGGGGUCCCCUCUCUGCUCCAGUUCUGAGAAAUGCAGUUCUUUAGCCAGCAAGAGUUUUGAGAGCAGCUGCUGUUUGGCUCUGCAAACGCUCUGCAAAAUUGCUAUUUGUCGGCAGGCAGCGCUCCAGAAAGAGUUUCCCGUUGCUUUGACCAUUGCUUCCAGUGGAAGUCCUUGCUAGAGACAAAAGUAGUGUCCGGUCUCUCCUUCCCAGUUUCAGAAGGUCUUCCCACGGAACACAGCACUGGGGUUGGAGCCACACCAUACUUUUAAUGCAGAUUAAAAGCUCACAGCUCCUCUCAAAGAAUCCUGGGAGCUGCUGUUUACCCCUUGCACGACUACAAUUCCCAGCACCCUCACGAAGCGGCUCUGACAUGGAUGUUCACACCGUGCAGGUUGGGAGUAGGACUGGGCAAUAUAUUGAUAUACAGUGGUACCUCGCAAGACGAAUGCCUCGCAAGACGGAAAACUCGCAAAACGAAAGGGUUUUUGGUUUUUUGAGUUGCUUCGCAAGACGAUUUUCCCUAUGGGCUUGCUUUGCAAGACGGAAACGUCUUGCAAGUUUGUUUCCUUUUUCUUAAAACCGUUAAAUACAGUUGCGACUUGACUUUGAGGAGCAACUCAUAGCACGCGGUGUGGUAGCCUUUUUUGAGGUUUUUGAAGACUUUGGUGAUUUUUGAAGCUUUUCCAAAACUUUUCCGACACCGUGCUUUGCAAGACGAAAAAAACCGCAAGACGAAAAAACUCGCGGAACGAAUUAAUUUCUUCUUGCGAGGCACCACUGUAUCAUCCAAAAACGGGUUUGAAGUCGUUAUCGUGAUAAAAAGUGGAAAAAAUGUGGAAAAAGCCGUGAAGCCAGAUGAUGCUUCUACGUAGCUCUGUCCUUAUUUCAGACCUCGUGAUACAUUGGUAUGUCAUGAAUACCUGGCGAUAUAGCACGAUGUUGAAACCCAGAUACGGCCCCGCCCUGGUUAGAAGAGAGCCAAUGUGGUGUAAUGGUUAAGAGCGGUAGACUCGUAAUCUGAUGAACCCGGUUCGCUUCCCUGCUCGUCCACAUGCAGCUGCUGGGAGACCUUGGGCUAGUCACACUUCUCUGAAGUCUCUCAGCCCCACUCACCUCACAGAGUGUUUGUUGUGGGGGAGGAAGGGAAAGGAGAAUGUUAGCCGCUUUGAGACUCCUUCAGGUAGUGAUAAAGCAGGAUAUCAAAUCCAAACUCCUCCUCCUCCAUAGGGAGAGCUCUGCUGUGGUUUGUGUUAUUCCUGCAUUCAGCAGGAACUGUGGUGCAUGGUGAUCUAAUGGGGCAAAAACCUCUUGUCUUGCAGGGCGUCUGGGUUCCACUUCCAGCAACAGCUCCUGUGGAAGUGCAGAGUAUGGGGAGGUCAUCCCUCACCAUCCAGGUCAGUAUCUUUGCUUUUGAGGGUGUCGCCUUUGUGGGGGACGGUCCCUGGGCUGCCUGCAGGCUCGUUGUAGGGUACGUCUUUGGUUCCUCUGGAGCGCUGGCUCGGACCGCGAUGUCUUGCCCUUUGACCUCUGCUCUUGACAGGUGUGCAGUGUGUUUUAGGGCAGUGCCACCAGUUCACCGGGUGCCCAGGGACCACUUGCCCAGCUUUGGGGAAAGGGGGUGGCAAGUUCUGGCAAGGUCUCCCCCCUCCUUCCUAAAGCAGGCAAGCUCUUGCUGGGCUUUGGGAAGGACGAAGGUGGGCUCUAGGACCCGGCCAGAGCCUCAUACCUGCUUCCCAGGCUUUGGGAAGGGCUGGAGAGGGCAGCAAAUUUUGAUCUCGCAUAGAGCACCAUAUCAGCAGGGUCUGCCCUUGGUGGGAGUCCUGUGGCCGGGGGUGAUGGAAGUUUUAAUUCAACAUCAUCUGAAGGGCCUGGCUUCCCUAUCCUUGGAGUAUGUUCAGGCCUCUUGUGGAACUUGGGUCCAGGAUACCUUAAGGACCGUCUGAGCUCUUGUAUCUCAGAUCAGUCUCUGACAUCAUCCGGAGAAGGGCUGUUAGUUGAAGUUCAGCUGUCUUCCACUACAAGCCAUGCAUUUUGUGUCUCUGGUCCCAUUCCUGUGGAACACUCUUCCAGUAGAGAUUCAUAAGGCAUCCUUGCUUUUGCUCUUGAUGAAGACUUUUCCUGCCCACGGGCAAAUGCUGCCAUUUAAAACCUUUUGAGUAGCCAGCAAUUUUAAUGAUUGCUUUUUCCCUGGUUUUAUAUUUUGUCAUGUGCAUAUUGUUGUACAACACCCUGAUUUUUAUUUGUGUGUGUGUAUGCUUCUAUAACAUAUUAUUUUUAACUUUUAUUAAAUUUGUUGUUUUUUUAAAAAGAUAUUUAUUAAAAUUUUCAAGAUAUUACAAAAUGAAAAAAGAAAAAAGAAAAAUACAAAAUAAAAGUAGUUAAAAACAACUCAAUCUUUCCGUUACUUAUCUUUCAUUACCUUGUUUCCCGGACCUCCUCGUGCCUCCCUUUUUUGUAUUCCAGUUCAGUUUGUUAGUUCAGCAAAUCCUUCCCCUCUUUGUUUAUCCUAGUCUUUAAUCUUAAAAUAUUGUGACAUUAAAUUUUUACCUAUUAGUAAUCGUUAACUUUUAUUAAAUUUGUAUUCUGCCUUUCAUCCAAAGACUACAGGGUGGUUCACAACAUAAAAAUACAAAAUGAAAUACAGCAUACAUAAUAAAACAAUCCAAUAGCCUCCCUCCCCCAGACACAUUUAAAAGUCCGUAGAAUGUUCACCAUGCCAAACGCCUGGUUGAAGAGAAACUGUUUUUGCCUGGUACCUAAAGAUAUGUAACAAAGGCAGCAGGCAAGCCUCCCCGGGGAGAGCGUUCCACAGACAUGGAGCCACCACUAAAAAGGCCCUGUUCUCAUCUUGCCACCCUCUGGACACAAAGAAGGGCCUGAGAUGAUGGCCACGGGGUCCAGGUAUGUUUAUAUGGAGAGAGGCAGUCCUUGAGAUAUUGCAGUCCUGAGCUGUUUAAAGCUUAAUCGGUUAAAACCAGUACUUUGAGUUGGGCCCGGAAAUUAAUUGGCAGUCAGGCCAGGAUUGAUGAAAUGUGCUCAUACCGUCUUGUUUCGGUGAGCAAUCUGUCUGCCAAAUUCUCCACCAGCUGGAGCUUCUGAACAUCGAAGAGGAAUCCCCAUUUUCUGACUGUGACACUUGUGUCCAUUCUCAUAGGUCUCCCCAAGUCUGACCCUGGGCACUGGUGGGCCAGCUUCUUCUUUGGAAAGACGACCCACCCAGUCAUGACAACUUUGUCGGAAUCCCCAGAGAAGUAAGUGAAAUUGUGCCGAGUUUGGAAAUGGAAUAUCACGUGUGUGUGUGUUUGGAUCUGAAGUGAGGAUCUUGGAAAAUCGUGAACAGACGUGUAACUGGGAUAGGAGAUGUGGGAAGCUAAUGUUUUCUCUGCCCCGCUGUUCUUCACUGAUUGUGUAACUAGCUCAAUCCUUGUUCUUCCUGUCUAUAUACUUCCUAAAUGGGUAGAUUAGUGUUUGGAAAAUACUUAAGCGUUGCAUUAUAUUUCCAAACAUUGGCAUAUGGUCCUAUGUGGGGAUGGGUGGAGUGUGUGCAAUGUAAAAGAUUUGUAUCUGUUAUAGAAUCAGAGUUGGCAGGGACCUCAGGGGUCAUCUAGUCCAACCCCCUGCCAUGCAGGAACCUCAACGAAAGCACCCAUGAGAGAUGGCCAUCUCAACUCUUCAUUUAAUCCACACCUGCUUUUCUGCAUCCAAAUAGCUGGGCGAGAGGGAAGAUUUGCGUGCAGCGCAAGUUUCUAGUCCCCUGUGCAAGGCCAUUUAUUUAUUUGCCUUAUAAAAACGAAUCCCUAAGCAGAGUACAACAACAAAAAAUGUGUAAUACACACUAAAAUUAAGCAAAUGACUGAAAGCAGAUGGUAACAGUAAUAAAUCAAUAAUAACAAAAAGCAUACGCUCUUUGCACAUUAAACUCACAGUAGCUAGUGGGGAGAGUUUAUCCCUGGUCAGGCCAACAUAGGCAAUUUCUGGAGAGAGAGAGGAUAUUGGGUAGAUAUAAUUCAGAUUUAGUGGGUUUGGGCUUCUGAGUAAGCACAUUUAGGAUUGCUCUGUACGCUUUCAGGGGAAGUGGGCUACCAUAUUGCUUAAUCGGUAGAGUGUGAGACUCCUAAUCUCAGGGUCCUGGGUUCGAGUCGCAUGUUGGGCAAAAGAUUCCUGCAUUGCAGGAGGUGGACCAGAUGAACCUCGUGGUUCCGACUCUACAGUUCUGGGAUUCUUGAGUGAUGAUACUGCCGUUCUGACCCUCCGAUCUCUCUCCCCUCCCUCCCCUUUGACCUUCCAGCUCAGGCACUUUCCAGGUGGCGAACGGCAUGAUCACAUGUGGCCUGGCUCAGGACGUGAUGAGGAAGCGCCACGCCAGCGAGCCCAGCAAACCGAACGCGGGUCCCACCGCGUGAGGAGGCUGGCUCCCCCCUGGCCAGACGCUUCUGACUUGAACGCUAGGAGGCAGAGCCCAUUUUCCACUCCCCUUCCCCGUAGAGUAGGGCAGGCUGCUUCGAGUACUCCUUAGACGUAGGUUUUUAUAAAAGCAAGAAACGGCAACUAAAAAGGAAAAAAAAAAAAGAUAAAUCUUCUGUACCAUCCUUUUCUACAACUUUCUUUUUCUUUUCUUUUUUUGGUGCAGCUACGUCUUCUAACCCCUCCCUCCCCACCCAACGAAGCCUUGUUUAACACUUCAUUCUUGUUUUGUACUCGUCUGAUGGAAACUAAUAAAUCCUGAGCAGCCUUUUAAACCGC